AUGGCGGCUCCUCUUCUACCUACGAAGUUUCCUUGUUGGUGCCGCGCAGUCUAUUCCUGGGGCGGAGAGACAGACAGAGAUCUUGGUUUUGUCGAAGGCGACUUGAUCGAAUGUCUCAAUGCGGGAGAUGGUUCAUGGUGGAUGGGGAGGUUGCGCAGAGACAAGAGAAUGAUGGGUCUUUUUCCUUCCAACUUUGUUGUUGUGCUCGAGGACAACUUUGUGCCUAAGAGCCGGUCAGUCAGCCCGCUGCCUGAUCUGUCGAAAAGCGACCUCGUAAGCAAGAACAGUUCUUUACAUCUACAAGAGAAGAAGGAGAGGGCAAAGUCGAGGAGGCCAUUUCAAGGUUACAAGAAUGCGAAAACUCCCACAGGAACACUGAGCGCGGCGGCGCAGCAGGCGGGACCUGCAACGUCUGCAGCACCACAACCGUACGAUCCGAGGAACCCUCCGUCCACAGUCUUAUGGCAGCAGAGACCCCCAUCGCGAGCUCCUUCAAGAUCCCCUUCACCAUUGCCACAAUUCGAGAUAGGCUCAUCACCGCCUCCGCCCCCUCCACCGCCUCAUCGUGUCCUUGGCGGUCCGCAUGGCAGUCUGUCACGAGCUCCCUCACCUGCCCCGGAACGACUGGACAUGAACGACCGGUAUCAGGCAGUCUCUCGAACACCUUCUCCUGCGCCACCCUCGAUCAAUGGACACACCCCGCCUAUGAUAAGAAGUGCGAUGGACGAGGUAAUGACUUCGUUAGAUGACAUGACACUUGUUGGAAAGGAUUCCAUCCACGAGCCAGAACAUGAGUUCAACCCUUGGUCGCCCGAAGCUUUUGAUGACUUCCGCCGUUCUGGCUCGAGACCGGAUCCUCGACCCGUUACCAGCCUUGGUCUCGGGCCAGGUGGCAGUCAUUAUUCCGAGGGGCGCAUCAACUACAGCAGUCGACACAACAGCCCCGAUAGAUUCCAGGAUGGGCCGCCGCGCCUGGAAAAUUAUGUGCAGAGAAUGGAAAGUCGACUGCGUCGGAUGCAACAGGCGCGAGAGCAACCCAAUCAAGAUGAUGUCGGGAGCGAUCCUCCUGAGCCGCCUCCGAAGAAUUCUCCCUGGGCGUCAAGGCCUGGUUCUGCCAUGGCAUCCCGACGAUUGUCAAUGCGAAAGAGGAAGUCGGCCUUUGAGCUUGGUGGGGAUAAGCUAGCAAGAACAUUUACAACGAAAACGAAUUCAACAAAUUCAAGCAGUGGAGUCCAGAGUGUUGCCACCAAUUCCUCACAUCAGACCAGCAUGACCAGUCAGAGCCUCAUGAGCGGAUAUUCGGCAGGCGGAAUCAGUGCCACCAGCGCAGGCAGUCUUGCCAGGAAGAGGAUGGGAAGUAUGAGGGAUCGCAUUGUCAGACCGAUGACAAGCGCAGGGACCAGAAUGCCGCAGUGGGAACCAGCGGAGAUUCGCCCGAAAACACCAACCACGGGAGUGUCUUAUCACUCGAGCCACGACUCGAGACAAGGCGCUAAGUCGGCCGUUGGAUGGGAAGACGCAAGCAGGAGCGUUACAGGUGGACUGGGAGGCUUCACCACUCCCAAGGCAAAAAAACCAGGCUUCUUCAAGAAAUUGAUGGAUAGCGCAAAGACAGGUGCGGCCAGUGCCAGAAGUACCAUUUCAGCCAGUCAGACGGGUAGCAACGCUGGAUCGCCAACUAAAAUGACCGGCAUCGCGGGCGGGACAGCAUUCAAUGCGCCAGUGCAGUACUCUCAGACCAGUGGCGCAUAUGGAAGAGAUGCUGCGAGAGAGAUGGGUCUCGCCAGUGGUGCUUCUGGAUCAUAUAUCUUGACCCGGCGAGACGUGAACAGGUCCAACACACCUGGUCCGUCAGAACGACAAGAACGCGCAGAUCGAUGCCAUAUGUUGGAUCAACCGGUCAUUUGCCCUGUCGAGGAGCUAUACGAAAACCUCGAAGGCGAUGAAGACGCGGAUGGGCGGCCCGUCCAUGUACCUUUCCAAAUCAGCAAUCCUAGUUUCAGUCAAGUGGACAAGGCAGCUCGGUUCAUCACAAGUCUACCAAGCAGCAUCACCGCGGCUAGUCUGGCGACAGGCUACAUCUGUCGGCCAUAUCGAAGUGGAGUCCAACGACUCCGUGCCAUCUUUAUCUGGUGCGCUGAGAGGAUCAACUGGGAAGAAGAUCUUGACUUGGAUGCCUUCAAUUACAACCAACCGAUCGAUACCAGGAGAGUCAUCCAGGCGAAAAGGGGAAGUAGUCAGGAGGUCUCGACUCUUGUCUUGGAGAUGUGCCACGCCAUUGGCAUGCAUGCGGAGAUUGUGCAAGGGUAUCUCAAGACUCCCGGAGAAGAUCUCGACUUAGACGCUGUCUCGCGUCCGAACCAUUUCUGGAAUGCCAUCUUGGUCGACGGAGAGUGGAGGAUCAUGGACGCCAGCCUUGCCAGCCCUACGAAUCCAAAGAGGGCACUGUAUUCGAGCGUCAGCACGAGCAUUGCCGAAUCGUGGUAUUUCUUGACGAAGCCAAGCGAGAUCUGUUGGACUCAUAUCCCCGUCCAGGAUGUGCAGCAGCACAUGAUCCCACGUGUCAGCCCGGAUGUCCUCUUGAGCCUGCCCGGGACGUGUCCACCAUUCUUCCGCCAGGGGUUGUCAAUGCAUGCCUACGACACCAGCAUCAUCAGAAUGGACGGACUGGAAAUGUGCACCUUGAGCAUCAACGUGCCCCCAGAUGUCGAGAUCGUGGCAGAGGUGGAGGCCAGGAAAUAUCUGCGCGACCAAGACGGAGACGUCUACGAGGAUGCGGACAACGUGACCAAGAAACGAGCUCUGACUCAGGCGAGCUGGUACCGAACCGUGCCCAACACCGAACUGUGUCAGAAACGCUAUGUCAUCAAGGCCGUCCUGCCGGGAGACGAGGGGAUCGGAGUACUCAAAGUGUACGCCGGGAAGAAAGGGCUGAUGCUCAGCUCGCGCGAUAUCAUCCAUCCUUUGGCCCUGGCAUUGCCAUUGUACCACAGCGGCGAGAAUCCGGCCUACGAUUUCGUCAUGAGACAUCCCACGCCGCACGCCACGAGGCAAGAUCUGUACGUGGUGCAACCUCAAUGUCUGCGACUCGGAGCGGGCGAGACGUAUGUCUUCUGUGUCCGACAGCAUGCUGCUUCUGUUGCGUCCACGCCAGCGAUCGAACAGCCUGGCUUCGAUCUACGCCCCAGCAGUCCAAAUCCGCUGGUCAGACCUGCAAGUGCUAUGAGCAUGACGAGCAGUGCGGCCGGCAGCAACCCGAGCGAUUACAACAACAGCAUUGCCAACGGCAGUGCGGUCGGUGGUAGAGCCAAAGACAAGCCUGCGAAACUGGCCAUUCAGAGCCCCGGCGGCAAGAUAAUCAGACUGAGCCGCAAGCAUGAGGGUCUGCUCCAACCUUGUCAGUUGAAAGAAGUCGAUGGGGAAGUGCUCGGGAGUGUCUGGGAGACGAUCGUCAAGGUCCAGGAGCGUGGAGUCUGGAGAGGACUAGUUCUCGCGGAUCGAAGUGCGAGAUGGUGUGUCUGGGGCGAAUGGGAGUGUGUCUGA